AUGGAGGAUUUUUUGAGAGACAGUCCCUUCGACGAAAGCAUUCCGGAGGAUGCACGUGUGGCCGAGAAGAAAAACCGGCCGCUUUCGUCACAAUUGGGACCCUUUGACUUCGAAACAGCACAAGCCGAAGUCUCAGACCAAGCACCAUAUGUCGACCCGCUCGAAUUCCUCGGGUCUCCCGCCGGCGGAGAUUUCACUACAGGGGGAGAUUUCACUACAGGCGGCGACUUCAACACAGGCGGGGCCUUCAACACAGACGGAGGUUACAACACAGGAGGAGGCCUUUCUACCGGAGGAGGUUAUACCACAGGAGCAGAGUUAGGCGUGUCGCCCACAUUCCCGGAUUUCGGGUCGCAGUUCGGGCCCAACAACAUCGGCUCGGCCCAAUUGGACUCGCAAUUAGAUUCAUUUGGGUCUGCGCCACUCGACGCUGCUCUAGGGGAAAACUCCUUGGACCAGUUGGUUUCUCCGGACGCACGAGACGUGUUUGUGUCGCCCCAGUACUUUUCUCCGCAAAGGCUGUUCCCGCUCAAUGCCAUUGCCGAGAACAACUCGCGCAGAAGCAGCGCAGGCUUUCUUUCGCCCCGUGCUUUCGUGUCGCCGCCUGAAGACACGUUGCGCCUGCCAUACUCCGGCUCGGUCAAUUCGCCGCCACAGUUCAAUUUGCCCAACACAAACAACAACACAAACAACAACUCCACUCAAUCUUCUGCUCCAGCCGAGCCUACAUCGUCCUCAGUGGGUGCCAACCUAACCCCAGAAGAAAAAGCCCGGAGGAGGCGAGAAUUCCACAACGCCGUCGAGCGCCGACGCCGUGAUUUAAUCAAAGAGAAAAUCAAAGAGUUGGGUGUUCUUGUGCCGCCACUGUUGCUUACGCCGCAGGUCUGUGCGGUGCAGGCGAUGCAGAAACGUGCUGUACAAUCGCCAGACAUUCAGGAGUUGCUUGCCGCUGCCAAAGUCAAGGAGGCAAAGCCCAACAAAGCUGCCAUUCUUCAGACUUCGGUCGACUAUAUCCGUCACUUGAAGAAGGUUGUAGAACGACAGCAGGCACGGCGGGCGGAGCUAGAGCAGGAAGUAGCCGCAGCAGAGAGACGUGCAGGCCAAGGGCCACCGGCGCCAGCUCCUGAAUUCAAUCCGGAUGAGUUUUUUGCCGACGUUCUCGAACCUUACUGA